UCGCGAGCAAAGUGAAAAUGCUCACGGGUUUGAUCACUUUCAUACCGCACCGGGGGUUAGUAUGAAGGUGAGCAAAAUAGGGCCGUUGCCGUCGGGACCGACAAAAUCACCAAAUUUGCUCACAAGAAAGGGGCGAGAGCAAAUAUGCACUGAAAAAAAUCUACCGUUUAAUGCUAAGUUAAACAAACGAAGUUCACUGUGUAAAGUUUGUUGACAUUUCACAAAUGAAAAUAAAAUUUGAUCCGAUUCGAAAACCUUUCCUCCGGAGGAAAUCAUGGUGCUAGAAAAACGAGAAGAACUGGGAUACCACCUGGAAAGGUUACCAAAGAAAAACACCUCGAAUCAGGUACUGCUGUUUUCCGAAAGCAUAAGGAAGAUUAUUUGGAAAGCGCAUUUCUGUGUCCUCCACGCGACCGAAUUUCAAGACCAGAUGAAGCACCGGUCAAGAUGUAACCAAAAAUUAUCAAUAUCAACCGAUUUCAGCUGAUGGCCGAGGCAUCGGUGAAAAUUCAAGGCGAGCAUGUUCGUCCAAUUUGGACCAAUUCCAACAUCCGGGAGCUGCAGGAACAGCAGCUGCGCAAAUUAUUCAGAACUCUGGCCAGGAGCUGAUGUAGGCCGGAGCAACUUUUAAAGCUUUUUUUAAAGAUUCACUGGAGCGGGUUGGAGUCGUGGCAGAAGGAUUGAUGAAGCUGUCUGUUGUUAUAUUGAAGAGGCUUUUUCGUGGGCGAUGCCACAUGAAUAAAAAUGAUGGCUACAAAGGAUUAUGGCAAGACACACCCACACUUCCCCAAACCAGCGUGUACUCACCGCAUUUUCGCCGAAUGGAUCCCACUGUACGGCACCUCGCCUGCCCGGCAUGCGUCCGCCGCCUUUCGACCGAGCGCCGAUCGGGUGGCACCUCGUGCCUCUUCCGCUAUUCGGCCGCCCUACGCCUGGGGCCGAUUGGUGGCGCUGUUGCUGCUGGUCGGCCGCCCUACGCCUGGGGCCGAUUGGUGGCGCUGUUGCUGCUGGUCGGCCGCCCUACGCCUGGGGCCGAUUGGUGGCGCUGUUGCUGCUGGUCGGCCGCCCUACGCCUGGGGCCGAUUGGUGGCGCUGUUGCUGCUGGUCGGCCGCCCUACGCCUGGGGCCGAUUGGUGGCGCUGUUGCUGCUGGUCGGCCGCCCUACGCCUGGGGCCGAUUGGUGGCGCUGUUACUGCUGGUCGGCCGCCCUACGCCUGGGGCCGAUUGGUGGCGCUGUUGCUGCUGGUCGGCCGCCCUACGCCUGGGGCCGAUUGGUGGCGCUGUUGCUGCUGGUCGGCCGCCCUACGCCUGGGGCCGAUUGGUGGCGCUGUUGCUGUUGCUUUCCCUUGUGGACCCUCUCUGCCGGAAGACCUCCACUUUUCUUCACGGCAGAGUCCCGGGGCCUCCGAGUUUUGUUGUGCUGCUCGGCGAUUCGGAGUGCCGAUUGGCAGCACUGCGGGAACUGUGGCCCUACGCCUGUGGCGCCUCCUGGGGUCUACCAGGGGGCUGCUGGUCUUGGUUGAUUCGUGCCUCCGUCCUACACUUGUGGCGCCUCCUGGGGUCUACCAGGGGGCUGCUGAUUUUCUUCGGCUCGCCCGAAAUUGCCGCGCCGGAAGGCAGUUGAGGUGAGGGGGGAAAAAAGAGCCCUGAGGAAGCAGAAAGGAAAAGCUUAAAAUGCUGGCUUACGGGUCUAGUGCGAACGACUUACGCAGCGUGGUUGUGCGGCUCUUUUUGUUUUUUCCUGUCCACCUCUUCUGGCCGGCUUGUCUCGUCGAUAGGUUUCUGUCAAGAUGCAGAAAUUUUCAAUACUGCGAAAUUAUUGGUGCACUGCAGGGUGGUGCUUACCUUUUUCUUUUCUUCGGCCAAAUCUAUUGAAGGUGUACCUUCCGGCUCGUCUGGCACGCGCUCUGGAGUGGAUUUCUGCACGGUGGGGUGAGAAACUGUUAGCGCAAGAUGAUCGGUGGACUGCACGGUAGGGCUUACCUGCUUUUUCCGGCAAAUCCGCGAACGCAACCCCACUUCCCGAUUUUUUUAGCGGCACUUUUUCCGUCUGUUCACGACGGUGCUAGGAACGAAAUGGCGGAUCUGUUCCGCGUGGCCCGUUUGACAGCUCUUGUUGCACGCUGCGUUUCCUUUCCUCAUUUUUGGGUGCUCUUGACAUAAAAUUUCACGCUUGGCGUAUUUUAACCAAUUUUGGUUUAAUAAUAACAACACGCUGAUUUUUCUCUAUAUGGGGAUGGGUUUUUAUGUGUUAGUUUGCCAAUCGCUCGUAUCGUGAAAUAUUUUUAGGACUAAUAACUUAGCUAUAAGCUUAAAUGCAACACAACAUUGCUGCUUUGGUAGAAUUUUUCAUGGAUCAUGACAAGGAUCCAUGAAAAAUUCAUAAUCACGCCACUAGGAGUUCGAAGGAGAUAUGAAAAUCGACGGCUGUGUCGAGAAAACCUCGUACUGAUGUCACCCUGCAGUGGUGAGUUUCUUCAAAACUAAAGACAAUAAACUAUAUCUCUACGCCAACGGGUCUUGGCAAAAUCCAAAUCAAAUCUAAGCCAACGAGUUAUGGCAAAUGUGUCGAUAAUUACCAGUAUAUCUGGCAGAAAGAAACUCCUUCGAA